AUGAAUUCCGCUAGUGCAUGCGCCUAUCCAGGCUGCUCUUCCCCUGUCUGGGUAGACAGCAAUGGCAGGCCAUCUCAGUGCUGCUCGCGUUCGCACAUGAUGGCGAUGAAGGCCCAACAACCCCCACCACAGCAGUAUCGGACUCAGCAGCCUCCAACACAGCAGCAUCAGAAUCAGCAGCCCCCGUAUCAGCAGCCCCCGUAUCAACAGCCCCCGUAUCAGCAGCCCCUGUAUCAGCAGCCCCCGACCCACCGGCAGCAGCCUUCGGCUCAGCAGCCUUCAUAUCAGCAACCUCCCACCCACUGGCAGCAGCCUCCAGCUCAACAGCCCCCGAGUCAGCAGCCCCCGACACAUUGGCAGCAGCCUUUGACUCAACAGCAUCAGGCUCAGCAGCCUCAGCCCCAGAACGCCAGGGCUCAACAGCCUCAGGCUCAGGCUCGGCUCUGCAAGGUACGUAGUAACGGUCCUGUGACGUCUCGUAAUUGGACGUGUGCUGAAUAA